AAAAUAGUGUCCCAUUUAAGGGUAUAACGCCUUCCGUCUAACCAGCGAAGGAAAUCGGUGGACACAGGUCUAAGUUUUCUGAAUUUGUUUAAAGCGGCGGUGCCGCCGUGCCGGCUCUCACUGUGAACUGCACGUAUCUCUUCUCUCUCAGGCCUGCACCUUCGUCUCCGCCAACAGUUGUUCACCACCACGCAACCAAAGAUGGCAGAUUCGAUUUGCAGAACACUGAGGGAUGGAGCGUUGGAGGGAGAGCUUGCGCCUACUCUCACAAUCAAGGACUCCCUCGCUUCACCUUUCGCCUUUCAUGUAUUCUCUCACAUUCUACUUCAACUCUCGUCACACGUCAUAGCACAAAAAUCUCAGUCACAGGGUAUAGUAAUUGUUGCACUUUCUCGGAGUCCAUCGUCUUACACUUCUUUGUUAAAGAUGAAUGGGAUGGAUGUUGCUUCUUCUAAUAAAUGGAUUCACAUUUUGGAUUGUUAUACUGAUCCUCUUGGUUGGAAGGAUAAGGCAAGGAAAUCUGCAAAUGUUACGGAUCCUUCUCAGCAAAUUUCGCUUGCUACUAGUUCUUAUAAAACCGUGAAGGACGUGGAUAAGUUGUUUUUGGUAAUUGCUGAACUUGGCAGAGGAUUGGUUGGAGAAAAUAAAGCCCGCUUCUGUGUUGCCAUAGACUCGCUAAGUGAACUUUUGAGGCAUGCAUCUAUGCAGUCAGUUGCAGGCCUUCUAAGCAAUCUGCGUAGCCAUGAUCAAAUUUCAAGUAUGUUUGGAUUAUUGCAUUCUGACCUUCAUGAGGAGAGGGCUGUGGCAGUUCUUGAGUACAUGUCCUCCAUGGUGGCCAGUGUAGACCCAUAUCAUCAUUCUGCAGAUGGUCAGAAAGGGUGUUUAGAGAGUUCCUUAUAUGAUCAAAACUUUACCAAGGGAAAAUUUAAUGUCAGGUUCAAACGCAGAAAUGGGCGAGUUAGAGUAACGUGUGAAGAAUUUAAAGUUGAGCCUGGAGGAAUCAGCUUCUCACCUGUUUCAUCAGUAGAUGGAACCGUCAUUGCAGGCAUAGUGCCAAAGGUGCAGUUCAAUCUCCAGCUGUCAGAGAAGGAGCGAAUUGAUAGGUCAAAUGUUGUGCUUCCUUUUGAACACCAGGGAAAUGGUAAACCAAUACAAAUUUAUGAUGGUAGAAGAUCCCUUGAAGAGAGCAACAGUGAGGCAAAUCCCAUUUCAAGUGGUAAAAAGGAGGAUUCUGCCAUGGGUGAAAUUAUAUAUUUUCGUGAUUCAGAUGAUGAGAUGCCAGAUUCUGAUGAGGACCCGGAUGAUGAUUUAGAUAUAUGAAUAUACUCUUGUUGGUAACUUUUGUAUCCCUAGGUGACAUGAAAGGAUAGAUUAGGUUUAUGACUGAACAAAAUGGGAAAAAAAUAAUCUGAUACUGUUUAAUUGCUUAGAAGUGAAAUGCAGUGUGCAUCACAUUCCAACAUAUUGUACAACCUACUGAGGAACCUGACUUAGUUUGGACGAUUUUGAGAAUGUUUCUGUCUAGCGCUAGUCUC